AUGAGAGGAAAUCAUCAAGUUAGUAACUUUCCUAUGCACUCUACUGUUGGGAAUGAAAACAGGCUAAGACAGAAUGCUGGUAAGCAACCUCAGCAGAUCCAGGUAGGCCCGAUGUGUAAGAAGUGUGAAAAGGAUCACAUUGGUAGCCCUUGUUAUUUUAGAAUAAAAGUCUACUACAACUGUGGUGAACCGGGACAUAUAGUGAGUAAUUGUCCGAAGAAGCCGGUACAAGGAGUGGCUAGGACGCAACAGCAAAGAAGAGUAUUUAUAAUGACUCCUGAAGAUGCUGUCUAUUCAGACUCCCUGAUCCAAGGUCAGUGUUAUGUCAAGACUCGUUUCAUAACUGCAUUUUACAAUUCUGGUGCGUCGCAUUCUUUUAUUUCUUUAACUGUUGCGCGAGAGUUUGGAUUAGAUUUCUCCAAGUUGAAUUUUGAUUUGCUUGUUCAUACACCUACAUCCCAAAAUGUUCUGACUGGCCUAGUGUGA